AUGGGGUCUGAUCCACAGUUCAUCAAGUAUCCCGACCUUCUCCUCGCCCAGUCUGUCUUCAACCUCUCCAACCCUGCCUGCAAUGCGUCCACUCGCCAGGCAUCUCUGAAGAAGCUGCAAGAUGCGAUCACCGAGCGAAAGAUGGCGCCUUUCUAUCGCCACCUUGCACAUCCGACGGAGGGUAUCUUGAAUACAUCGGGUGAGGGUGUGACGCAACAUCCGCAUCCUCACAAUGCAGGAGCUUCCAAGCCGCUCAUCACCUCCAACAUGCUCGCCUCACGACCAUCUUCCGAUAUUGAAUUUCCCUGGGAUGAGAAGCUGUAUCAGACUCUGGUCGAGGAUAACAAGAAGGAGUUGGAAGGGAUUCAGAAUGAGGAGGACGAGGCGGAGGAGGCUGCUGGUGAGACUGAAGUUCAGGCAGCCCGAGGAAAGCGAGCCGAAUUCUGGGCUCGUGUGGGAGAUAAGUCUGCUGAUCCGGUCGACCCGACACAGGACAAGUCUAUCGAGUCGCACGAAGCUCUGCUUGACAAGAUUGGUUUCCUUGGCACAAAGAUUGACCUGGUGCUUGCCAUGAUUCGCAUCGGUCUGUUCUUUGGUGAUCGACUAUACGUCAAGAAAACCAUUGAACGUGCGGAAGCUCUAGUGGAAAGCGGUGGUGACUGGGACCGGAGGAAUCGCCUCAAGGCCUACAAGGGCAUGCACCUUCUCACGUGUCGGUCAUACAAUCUCGCUGCUCCUCUUCUCCUCGACAGCUUGUCCACAUUUACCAGCUACGAGCUCUGCAGCUACUCAUCCUUGGUCAUUUACUCCGUGCUCGCCGGAUCGCUCUCCCUCAAGCGUGUGGACUUCAAGGCCAAGGUUGUGGAUGCGCCCGAGAUCAAGGCUAUUCUGGGUGCUGGAGAAGAUCAGCUGGCCGCGCUCUCAGGCGAAGUGUCUUCCGGUCCCGGUGCUCUUGACGAGGAAAUGAUUGACGCGACGGUCUCCAAAUCGACUCCCACCACGGGUGCCAAGACCGUGGUGAACCUGACCACCCUGGUGACCGGCACCACCGACCAAGCUGAAAACGAAGCCCCGGUAGACUUUUCAUCUCUCGCCAACUUGGUGAACAGCUUGUAUAAUGGCAAUUAUCGCUCUUUCUUCAACGCCCUGGCCGCCGUCGAGGACCACUUCUUGACUCAAGACCGGUACCUGCAGGAGCAUCGGGCCUGGUUUGUCCGGGAGAUGCGUCUACGCGCCUACCAGCAGCUCCUGCAAAGCUACCGUGUUGUCGGUCUGACCAGCAUGGCCAACGACUUUGGUGUGACAGUGGAUUAUUUGGACCGGGAUUUGGCCAAAUUCAUCUCCAGCAACCGCAUCUCGUGUACGAUUGACCGCGUCAACGGGAUCAUUGAGACCAAUCGACCAGACGACAAGAACAAGCAGUACUCCGACGUGGUCAAGCAUGGUGACUCUUUGAUCACCAAGCUGCAGAAGUAUGGACAAGCGGUUCGUCUACGUGGCAGUGAGCGCAGUUAG